GUUGCGCGUGCGUUCUCGGGUGCGCUUGAUUGAAACAGCUGCGCACUGGCGUCUUGCACGUACGGAAGCAGCGUUUGUUUUGGGCUAUUGCCACUUGUAAACACAAGCCUGGACACUUUUAGCGACGUUUUUUCACUUUGGCAUCUUCACUUGCGGCUUUUUUGGAAGGGAGGGCAUUUUGCACAUUUUUGUGUGUGUGUACAGCACUGAGGAAUAUUUCACUCUUUUUUUUUGUUUGGUAAGGGACUCCUGCACAAGAAGCCACACAGGAGACGGAUAUUCUCUACUUUGAAGACUUUCAGGCUUGACUGAACAUGUAACCAGUGGAUGGACUACCUGAAGAGAUUCUUGGAAGCCAAGUCAACCAUACCCGCCUCUAGAUGCGUCUGUUUUGGAAUAUGACUCACUCGUGGGGCUCAGCUAGCUUCACCCCUUGGCUCCUGUCCCCCUACCUCAUCCAGCAGUAGACGCCCCCUUCCUUUUGGAGUACUUGACCCUUCCGACAUCUCCGCAAAUCAUGGAGCCGCAAUCAAACCCUCAACCCCAGUCCAACCCCGGCAUCUUCAUCCUGCUGGCAGCCUCCUACGCUUGUCUCCUCCCCGUGGUCUGGCCGCAACGGCUGCCCAUCGACCCCCAAGCCGCGCCGGAGUACGCCCACUCCAUCCGGCUGGACGGCGACAUCGUCCUGGGCGGCUUGUUUCCUGUGCACUCGCGGGGUGAUCGUGGCACACCCUGCGGGGAUCUCAAAAAGGAGAAGGGCAUCCACCGUCUGGAGGCCAUGAUGUUCGCCAUCGACCUGAUCAACAAGGACCCCGAGCUGCUACCCAACAUCACGCUGGGGGCGCGGAUCUUGGAUACAUGCUCCAGGGACACGUACGCUCUGGAGCAGUCGCUGACCUUCGUGCAAGCUCUUAUUGAGAGGGACGGCUCGGACGUGCGCUGCGCCAACGGAGACCCGCCCAUCUUCACCAAGCCAGAUAAAAUCGUGGGCGUGAUCGGAGCAGCGGCCAGCUCUGUGUCUAUCAUGGUAGCCAACAUCCUGCGACUGUUUAAGAUUCCUCAGAUCAGCUACGCCUCCACAGCCCCGGAGCUGAGCGAUAACACCCGCUACGACUUCUUCUCCCGCGUGGUGCCGCCGGACUCUUACCAGGCUCAGGCCAUGAUGGACAUCGUCACGGCCAUGGAGUGGAACUACGUGUCCACGCUGGCCUCUGAGGGCAACUACGGCGAGAGCGGCGUGGAAGCGUUUGUCCAGAUCUCACGAGAAACUGGUGGUGUUUGCAUUGCACAGUCCUUGAAAAUCCCAAGGGAACCAAAGCCGGGGGAGUUUGACAAGAUCAUUAGACGUCUGCUGGAGACCUCCAACGCCAGAGCCAUCAUUAUGUUCGCUAAUGAGGACGACAUACGGCGCGUUUUGGAUGCCGCAAAGAGGAACAACCAGACAGGUCACUUCCUGUGGGUGGGCUCUGACAGCUGGGGGUCUAAGAUCUCACCAGUGAUUGGCCAGGAGAGAGUGGCGGAGGGAGCCAUCACUAUUCUUCCCAAGCGAGCAUCUGUUGACGCCUUUGACCGCUAUUUCCGGAGCCGCUCGCUGUCCAACAACAGAAGGAACGUCUGGUUUGCAGAGUUCUGGGAGGAAAACUUCAACUGUAAGCUGGGCAUGCAUGGGAAACGACCAGGCAUUCUCAAGAAAUGCACAGGUUUGGAGAAGGUGGGCCGGGAUUCCAGCUACGAGCAAGAGGGCAAAGUGCAGUUUGUGAUGGACGCCGUGUACGCUAUGGCGCACGCUUUGCACCACAUGCACCGAAAGCUGUGCCACGGUUAUCCGGGAUUGUGCCCGCGUAUGGCCGGCAGUAUCGACGGCAAGGAGCUGCUGGGACACAUCCGUGCCGUCAACUUUAACGGGAGUGCCGGCACACCGGUGGUUUUCAACGAGAACGGAGACGCACCGGGACGAUAUGAUAUUUUCCAGUACCAGAUUACUAACAGAUCCACUGCCGAGUACAGAGUCAUCGGUUCCUGGACUAAUAAACUGCACCUAAAGGUUGAAGCCAUGCGCUGGAAGACGGGUGACCCGUCACUGCCCGCCUCCGUGUGCAGCUUGCCAUGCCGAGCCGGGGAGAGGAAGAAGGUGGUGAAAGGGGUGCCCUGCUGCUGGCACUGCGAGCGUUGCGAGGGUUACCACUACCAGGCUUCUGAAUUCAUGUGCGAGCUGUGUCCGUACGAAAUGCGGCCUGACGCCAACCGCACCGGUUGCGUGCCCAUCCCCAUCAUCAAGCUGGAGUGGCACUCGCCAUGGGCCGUGGUGCCCGUUUUCCUCUCCAUGCUGGGCAUCAUCGCCACAUCCUUCGUCAUCGUCACCUUCGUGCGCUACAACGACACGCCCAUCGUGCGGGCGUCUGGCCGCGAGAUGAGCUACGUGCUCCUCACCGGGAUCUUCUUGUGCUACGCCAUCACAUUCCUGAUGAUCGCCGCGCCGGACGUCGGCGUGUGCUCCUUCCGAAGGAUCUUCCUGGGCUUGGGCAUGUGCUUCAGCUACGCGGCACUGCUCACAAAGACCAACAGGAUACACCGCAUCUUCGAACAGGGGAAGAAGUCCGUCACGGCGCCCAGGUUUAUCUCUCCGGCAUCCCAGCUAGUCAUCACCUUCUCCCUCAUCUCAGUCCAGCUUCUCGGCGUGUUCGUUUGGUUCGCCGUCGACCCGCCGCACACGGUGGUGGACUACGGCGAGCAGCGAACCCAAGACCCCAGAGCGGCACGCGGGGUCCUCAAGUGCGACAUCUCGGACCUGUCGCUCAUCUGCUCCUUGGGGUACUCCAUCCUGCUGAUGGUGACCUGCACGGUGUACGCCAUCAAGACACGCGGCGUGCCCGAGACCUUCAAUGAAGCCAAACCCAUCGGCUUUACCAUGUACACCACCUGUAUUAUCUGGCUGGCCUUCAUCCCAAUCUUUUUCGGAACUUCGCAGUCUGCAGAGAGGAUGUACAUCCAAACCACCACCUUGACCAUCUCGCUCAGCCUUUCGGCCUCCGUCUCCCUUGGGAUGCUCUACAUGCCUAAAGUCUACAUCAUCCUCUUCCACCCAGAGCAGAACGUGCCCAAGCGGAAACGCAGCUUCAAGGCCAUCGUGACCGCCGCCACCAUGUCUGGGAAACUGUCGCAGAAGGGAAGCGACCGACCCAACGGCGAAGUGAAGACGGAGUUGUGUGAAAGCAUGGAGACCAAUAGUGGCUGGUACGUGGGCCCACGCACCGGUAGCAUGGUUGUUCACCACUUGACCAUGGAGGAGGUGUCUUCUUUCUUCUCGGCGAUCACCUCAGACCGGUCGGUGUCAGCGCUCACGAUUGUAAACUUUUCCACUAGGUUGAUGCCCCAACUGGACUUUGUCGUACAAGUUUCAUAUUUCAUCCAAAAGACUUCAGUUCAAAAUUUUAAAGUUUCCAGUCCAUAUGUUCAUACCAUUGGAGGAAUAAACAGUAGUUUGUUGUUGAAACAAGUCUUUAACUUGCUUUGUUGCAAUCUUCCAGAAAAUAUGUUACAAGUGUUGAACUAUAUUUCCAUUUAUUCACAUUAAUCAUAUGUGGGAGCAGCCACUUUGCUUUCUAUCCAAUAUUCACACAGGCCCUUUGUCCUCUUACCAGUGUAUGUAAUCUGAUCAGGGGCUGGGGGUUGCACAUUCCAAGCAAGUCUUUAGGGGAAGUAAGAAAAAGGGUAGGAGCUGAGAGGCGGGACACACUCUGUCUAGUCUGCCUUUAAGUGUAAAUUCUUUGUUCUUAUUUACUCCUGAAUUCUGUCAUCAUCUUCUGUUUGUUAUAAGAAUAAAACAACCUGUAACAAGGAAUAAUAAACUCUUUUCCUUCACAAGUUGUGCUUCAAACUUCCUCUUCUGUUUGGAGAGGACUUCUUUCAAACCAUUGGUUGAAAGUAAGUCCUCUUUAAACUAGGGCUGUCAAAAUUAUCGCGUUAACACACAUGCCCCGCUCAAACAUUAAAAUGACAGCACAGUGAAAUGUGUACUUGUUGCGUUUUUCGGAGUUUUGUCGUCCUCUGCUGGCGCUUGGGUACAACUGAUUUUAUAGGCUUCAGCACCCAUGAGCAUUGUGUAAGUAAUUAUUGGCAUCAACAAUGGCGGGCUACUAGUUUAUUUUUUGAUUGAAAAUUUUACAAAUUUUAUUAAAAUGAAAACAUUAAGAGGGGUUUUAAUAUAAAAUUUCUAUAAAUUGUACUCACAUUUUUCUUUUAAGAACUGCAAGUCUUUCUAUCCAUGGAUCGCUUUAACAGAAUGUUAAUAAUGGUAAUGCCAUCUUGUUGAUUUAUUGUUAUAAUAAACAAAUACAGUACUUAUGUACCGUAUGUUGAAUGUAUAUAUCCAUCUUUCUAUUCCAACAAUAAUUUACAGAAAAAUAUGGCAUAUUUUAUAGAUGGUUUGAAUUGCGAUUAAUUUUUAAGCUGUAAUUAACUCGAUUAAAAUUUUUAAUCGUUUGAGGCACAACCUGUAACAAUGCCUUGACAUUUCACUGAAAGAUUGCAACAAACAAGUUAAAUACUCAUUGCUCAAUUAACAAGCCUAACAACAAACUACUGUUGAUUGCCCUAAAGCCACGAAUAGAUGGAUUUUCAACUUUAAAAAUUUGAACUGAAGAAAUCUUUUGAAUUGAAUGGGAAACUUCUUCGGCAAACAAGAAAGUCCAUUGCCUGGAAUAAACAUAGUGGAAAAGUUUACAAUUAUGAGCACUGACCCCGACUGAUCCGAGGGAUUUCUGGCGCUCCUCCGGCGGUGGACAGUCUCUUCAGUCUGCAACGUUAGAAUCCCACAAUUAGCAUUGUAAUUUGCAAUACCUAAACCACCUAGCGCCUUACCUGUCAUUUGACGACUAACUGUCCCCUUUGUCUUUUCUUGCAGCUUCGUCCACUAAAACGACGUACGUCAGCUACAGCAAUCACGCCAUUUAAAGACAAAGACGGAAGACAAAUGAGGACGUGCGUGUCGGGCCAAAAAGAACAAACCCACCUACCUGCUGCGCUGACGGUCGGGAUCCAAGCAUGAGACAUUUUGUAUCGUUUUGCAUCAAAUUCACCGAGGGAUGGCGGCGCAAACUGCCCAUUGGCGCGUCUGCUUUCUUGCUGCUCAUCGGUCCGACCAUCGACAUAGCUGUUUAAAUAAAAAAAGACCGUAAGGACAAUGUGACAUAUUAUAGGAUUCUUGAGUGGACUUGCAAAACUGUUGAAAAGAGGAAAAAAAAAAACCCACAGAGAAACAUGUAAACAUUGUAUGCGUAAGGGCCAGAAUUAGAGAUUUAACAGAUGAUAUAUAAAAGGAGAAAAUCUACGGGACUCAAAACAUGUUUGUUGUUCUUCUCUAAUUGUGAGUAUUUUGUGGUUGUGGCAAUUUUUUCAUUCUUGUCUCACCGUUGUCGAUGAAUCGUCCUUGCAUACUGAGAUGAGUGUGUUUCCUCCCACUGUCUUGGCUAACUGGGUUGUGAACAUGUAAACACACCAUGGGUGACGCAUGCCGCUUUUUUAUACCAAAAGGAGAUUUAUUUAUAAUAAAGGAAUGUUUUUGCAAAUACUUGGAUUUGUGUGUGUCUUUCCGCCGGUACAGUAAAGUCCCUGACAAAAGUCUUGUCGCUUAUCCAUUUUGUCAAAA